UAAUAUAACGUAAGUGUAAACGACUUGUUAGUAAAAGUGAAUAUUUUAGAAAGUGGUUUUGUGAGAAAUGCCAAUUCUAGUCGACGACGUGUACCGACAGUUUAGUAUAUGUUAAUGUAAUGUUUAGGUUGAAAACCCAGGAAUUUUAGUCAUAAACAUGGGAAAAGCAACGAUGUUCGCCCUCAACGAAAUCUGCGACGUGUUAGACACGUACAAAGGUCGCGAUAAGGUGCUAAGGACUUUAUGUUAUAGUGCCAAGCUGAUUGGAGGACUCACCUCGAACCCAAAGUUUGGUCAAAGAAUGUUGGCUUUCAGCUCACAAAUGUCUGGAACCAGAGCUGUUUUGAGACUACUUGAUGAUUUACCAAUGUUGAAGUAUAACAUUGAGUAUGGACUUGGGCACAAUGAGCCUGACACAAUGAUGGCUUCCUUGGGUGUGAUCACAAAUAUAAUUGAUCAGAUUUAUUACCCAGUGGAGAAGAUGAGUUGGCUGUUGGAGCAUAAAUUGAUUGAUGGUAACAAUGGCAGUAAAUGGGACACAGCUAGUUCUGUGUUUUGGGUAGCCUCUAUUUAUCUUUCAUUGAUGAGCAAUGUUAGAUAUGUGUUAUUGUUGCAAAAACAUAAAAAAUGUCAAGCUACCACUGGUAAUACAGUUGAUGCAUUGGAUCGCCUUUUAAGUAAACAGAAGUUUGAAGUGUUGACAUGUAUCAGACUUACCUUGGAUUUGGUACAUGCUGUCAACACCUUGCCAAAGGGGUAUUUAUGGGGUGAAAAAUUAAAUACAUGGCAGGUUGGUCUUGUUGCCACGACGUCUUCAUUCCUAGGGUUAUAUCAACUCUUUGCCAAGCGUCAAAUGUAAUUUAUAUAAUAUAACUACACAUAGCCAAAAUUAUAA